GCAGCAGAAGCAGCAGCAGCCCGCCAGACGCAGACACGGGCUCACCACGCAAUCAUGUCUGCGUUCUCUGUUGGCCACCGCCGCCGUGAGCGCGGGUCGGCCGACGAGCACACCGACACCGACCGCGACCUCGACCGCGACCGGCUCCAGAAACGCGACCGCUCCCGCUCGUCCUCGCACUCGCUAUCGCUGCCCUUCUCCACCUCCUCGCGCUCGCGUUCGGUCGACUCCUCCGCCUCCUCCUUCCUCUCCCGCUUCCGUCGCUCGUCUGUCUCGACCGCCGGCUCGGACGGGCCUACGACCCCCACAGAGCCGCUCAUUCCUGUCCCGCCGCCCGUCAACGCGAAGAAGCAAGCCAAUCGCAGACGCGCGCGCACUCUCGAAACCAUUCCGCAGAACGCGGCCACCACCCACUCGCGUCCGCCUCGCAGCCUCCGUCCUCACCGUCAUUCGCACUCGGCUACUCGUUUGAAUAGCGAAGGGUCGCAUGGAUCAUCUACCUCUCUUCCGCACCGACUAAGCAGCUCGCGCAAUUCUGUCUUCUCCUUCCAACGUCGUAACGUGCAGGACCUCUCGCGCUCCAGGGUCACGUUCGAAGAACCCGACCAUCCGCUCCAUGAGACAGAUUCCACCACCUCUCUACGUUCGAGACCUGUGUCGCCGUCAAACGACUCAUUUCCGAACCUACCACCGCCGUCCGUACGCCUCAUUACGCCGGAUCUGCCUCCUCAAUCCUAUCGUCCGCGCUCGCUGAUGUCGUCGCUAUCCGAAUCUGAUAUCCAUGUGUCCACCACAGACGAUGAGAAUAGACACUCUAUCUCUGGACUCAUGUCUCCCGCAUCUGAUACCAUGAGCAGUGGAUACCGAUCACCGACGCGUCCGCUCUCACCGACCCCUUCGUCAUCUUCCUCAUCAUCGAAUCAGAAGAGCUUUGCAAAGCUGAGAAAGAAGGUUGCCUCUGCAUUCUUCAACCACUCGCCCGCGUUUCGAAGUUCGGCCUCGUCUCCAACCAAAGAAACGCCUUCUAUUACGUUCCCUGUCCAAAGCGCGUCGGAUCUGCACAUCAACGUGCCUGAUCUGCGGCAUCGUAGCUCCGGCACCUCUACCCCGAUUGCAUCUCCUGGCUCUCCCCCCUAUCUUGCCCGCUCGCUCUCAAAUGUUUCUCACUCAAGCCGGCUUUCCAACACAUCAGCAAAUAUGUCCCCGACAUCGAGUGUCCAGCGAACCCGUGCGCGCAGCCAGACUUUAAACUCACUCGAUAACGACCGACGCGCCAGUGUCCGACGUGACCUACCACAACUCAGCCAGAUCACUGGACUCGCAAACCUCUUCUCGCUAAAGCUGCGCACUGGAAGUGAGCCGAAUUUCGCCGAACUGAAAGCAAAGCCACAGCUCGCGUCCUCGACUUCGAUCGCGACCUCGACGCCAUCCCCGACAGGGCCUUCGUCUUCUCCAAAGCAUGGUAAUUCACCGCUACCGCUCGCGCUCCUCGAUAUUACUCUGCCUGAUCACGAGGACGAAAACGAGAGUCCUGCAGAGUACCUCGAGAGAGUCGAUCGUCUGAUUAGCCGAAAUUACAUUGCAUUACUGUUGUCGAAGGACGACUCGUCUUUUCACAAAAAAGUCCUGGAUGUGUUUUGUGCGCGGUUCGAUUUUACUGAUGAGCCUAUCGAUAUGGCGCUACGGAAAUUUUUGCUUGUCGUACAGUUACCAAAAGAAACACAGCAGAUCGAUCGCGUUCUCGACGCGUUUGCUGAGCGGUAUCACUACUGUAAUCCUGAAAUCUUCUUUUCCAAGGACCAGGCGUACGUUAUCGCGUUCUCACUCAUGAUCCUCCACACCGAUGCAUUCAACAAAAGCAACCGGCACAAAAUGCAAAAGUCAGACUACGUUCGCAACACGCAGACCGAAGGUAUCUCCAAAGACAUCCUAGAGUGCUUCUAUGACAACAUCACAUAUACCCCGUUCGUGCACAUGGAGGAAGAAAUUGAUCUCGGCACGCCGGCGUCUGAGAAGACCUUAGAACGCCCGCCGCUGCAGAGGCACCGGAAGAGUUUGGUUGGUCUUGCGAAGCAAAGUAGGGAGCCUAUCGACCCCUACAGCUAUAUUGUUGAGAACCGACUCUCGGAAUUACGUCCUCCGGUCUCAGACGUUUUACGAAGCACCGAGAAUCCGUAUUCUUACUCUGGAACCGCUCCACAGUUCAACGUCAAGGUGCUCCAUAGUUUGUUCAUCAAUAGUCCUCUACUUCAAAUCCUUCCACCGCGUUCGCGCCAGUCGUCUAUAAUGAUGGAGCCGAGUAUUCCUCGCGAACCUUCGCUCAGUUAUAUCAAGAUUGCAAAGAUUGGAAUUCUCACGAGCAUCGAGCGUAAGAGGCGGAGGAUGAUCAAAUCGAGCUGGAGAUCAUGGGGCGUCUUCCUCACGCUCUCGCACAUCUAUUUUUUCCGCGACGUGAAUUGGGUGCGUGGAUUGAUGGAUCAGUUGAGUGCGUCAGUGAGUGCGGACGAGAAGAAUGGACAGCAGUAUCCGUUUGUGUUUUAUCCGCCUAUCCAGGGCUUUCACGCCGACGAGGUUAUGCUCACCAAUGACACCAUCACCCUUCUCGACGGCGGCUAUCAGAAACACCGCAGCUCGUUUGUGAUUGUCUCCGAGGAAGGCGAGGAGGACUGGUUCAUGGCAGACUCGCCGGAUGAGAUGAACGACUGGAUCAUCAAGAUCAACUACGCGUCAGCAUUGAGUACUUCUGGUGCAAAACUGCAAGGCGUGGAGUUGAAAGAGAACGGCGACCCAUUGAUGCGGCAUCUUGUCGGCAGUCUGCGUCCCGGUACAAGAUCUAAUCCGUCAAGUCCGAUCAUCGGAUCCUUUCCAUCGCCGAAACGCGCAACUCCGCAGCCCAAUACUCUGACGGAGAGCGAGCGCGCAAGCGCACUAUUUUCCUCGCUCUUCUACGACGACGGCACGGUGAAAAACCGACUGUCGGACGCAAGUGUGCUGUCGUCCAUCACGGAGGAUCACUCAACGAUUGCGUUCGCGCUCGAAGUCUCCAGAGGUAGAUACCGGGUACUAGGCGAGAAGGUCAACGAUCUGCAGGAAGAGCUUUACCGCCUGACGCAGAUUCUGGACGAGGACAGCAGAACCGCAAAGCAUCUCUCGAUCCUCACGCCCAUCCUUCCGCGCACGCGGGAAGCACUGAUAGCAGCGGUCGGGUACAUGUCCUCGAAGAUCGACAUGUCGCAGAUAAACGCGAUGCGAGUGCGCUGCUACCGAGAGAUUCUUGUCAAAGAGAUGGACAGCGAGCGCGUGGUGAUUGAGCUUCUUGAGUAUAAGCUCCAAGCGCUAACCUCCGAGAAGCAGAGUUCGGCGAUCGAAGUCCUCGCUGACGGCGACUGCGCGCAGCAUUAUUCAAGUGCUACUGAUCCCGAAAAACUAGCGGUCGUUGCAUCUGAAAACGACGAAGGAGUUGCGAAUGGCGAUUACGAAAGCACGACUUUUGGACGCGCCAUGUAGGCUCUUCUAUUUUACUUAUUUUUUUUUUCGUCCGUAUUGCUCUGAUCCUGUUUCUAUUUCCAUUAUGGUUUCUUUUAUCUUAUUGACGUUAUGUGGGCAUGGUACAAAGAAGGCGUUUAAAGUGAUUAUCAGUUUCUCUUUCUUUUAUUUUUCCUCUCAUUUAGUUUGUCGUUUCAUGUAUCUAAGCAUUUAUAUUCCAGAGUUUCCGGUGAGGAUGUCGGCCGCAUGCUAUCUUUUGUUUUCCUAUCAUUCCCUUGUCAUUCUUUUUCUUCAUUCCUUUGCAGUUCUCCUUCUCAUUCAUUCCUUUUGUAUAUUUUUUCUUCUGAUAGCCGCUGUGGUGGUAUUCGUCGACGCGGUUUCUUCAUCUAUCUUUUAUAUCUAGGUGGGCGAGGGUCGUAUGAGGAUGUAUAUAGCUGUUGUGGAUAAUCUAAAAGUUGUUUUUUCUCAUAGUAAA